GUUUAGUGAAGGCCCUUUCAUCGCCUUGAAAGUGAACUACCUUUAAUUUUGAAGUGAUCUCUCCCCAAACGUGACGGAUUCAACUAAAUGUUUCCAUUCUACAGAGUUGAUUAAUCUGACAUAGCUACAGUGGGAAUAUACAGAUGUUUACAUCUCUCUGUGAUCUUGUUUUCGAUGAGGAAAGGAAUACUUGCUCUUUGGAAAGUGAGACGAGGCUUGGCUUUUAUAGAAGCUUCUUGUUGAUAUCCUGCACGCAAUACUUUGGAGCAAAGAUAUUGCUGUUUGGAAUACUGCAACAGCACUACCAUUUCGCGAUGUUGUCAUUUAUUAGCGUUCAUCAACACUGAAUAUCGUCUCUGAAUCUUUGAACUCGUGACGUCAUCGCAAUUCUACUCAUCUUGAAAUUAACUUCGUUAUCGUCAUAUGUUCAAUUUAAUGCCUGGAAGUAAAUGCCCGCUUAUCAUUGGAGGACUAUCUUGGAAUUUAACAAAACACACGGUAUUUCUGUAUUUUCGGAUCAAUAUUAGACACAGGAUAUCAACAAUGAAAUAAAGUACUUUGAAUCGGAGUUGCCAACGCAAUAAGUCUCUGUUUUACAAACACAACCAACUGCAUUCGUUUAUAGUUGAUGAAAUCAUAUUUUUGAAAAGGAAUAUCAUAAAAUGACGACAUACAAUCGAUCACAAUCACAGCCUGGAUAUCGCUCAUCAUGGGUCGUUAGUCGACCAAUCAGAGAAUCAUCUCUCGCUGCAUCACAAAGACAUUCUGCAGGAACACUUGGUGAGAGGUUUGAAGCCGGCAGAGACAGACAUGGAAAUCCGGGUCAAUCGGGACGGGAGUACGUUGGGUUCGCCACCCUCCCAGAACAGAUGCAGAGGAAAUCGGUCAAGAGAGGAUUCGAGUUCACUCUUAUGGUGGUCGGUGAAACUGGUCUUGGUAAAUCAACCCUCGUCAACAGUCUCUUCCUUACCGACCUCUAUAAAGACAGAGUAACACUCAAUGCAGAAGAGCGUAUAGAUAAGACAGCAGAGAUACAGCGAUCAUCGAUAGACAUUGAAGAGCAAGGAGUGAGAUUAAGAUUAACAGUGGUUGAUACGCCAGGGUUUGGAGACUCUGUCAACAGUGAAAACAGCUGGGGUCCAAUCAUCUCGCACAUCGAGAGCAAGUUCGAACAGUAUUACCGAGAUGAGAGUGGAUUAAAUAGAAAGAAUCUCAUCGAUGAUCGAGUUCACUGCUGUCUCUAUUUCAUCUCACCUUAUGGACAUGGAUUAAGACCAAUAGACAUCGAGUUCAUGAAGCGGCUUCACGACAAAGUGAACAUUGUACCGAUCAUUGCAAAGGCAGACUGUCUCACCAAGACUGAAGUCAAACGGAUGAAAGACAGGGUAUUACGUGAGAUAUCCGAGCAUGAGAUAGGUAUCUAUGCAUUCCCUGAUUGUGAGUCUGAUGAAGACGAAGAUUUCAAGAAACAAGACCAAGAACUCAAGGCCAGCAUUCCAUUUGCAGUCAUCGGUAGCAACACAGUAGUCGAAGUGAACGGGAGGAGAGUGAGGGGGAGAUUAUAUCCAUGGGGUAUUACGGAAGUGGAGAACCCGAAGCAUUGUGACUUCGUCAAGCUCAGGAAUAUGCUUAUCAGGACACACAUGCAAGACUUAAAGGAUGUAACACGUGAUGUACAUUAUGAGAACUACCGUCUUGGAAGGAUAAGAGGAGGUGGAACUCAACUCCAUCGGGAAAGAAGCAAGAAUGAAAGCAAACUCAAACGUGACUCGGGAGUCUUCGACGAAGUCGCCGAAAAAGACCGAAUGCUGGAGCAAAAGGAGGUCGAACUGAGACAGAUGCAAGUUAUGCUGGAGAAGAUGCAACGCGAGAUGGCGGUAACACAGCGAAAUUCACGAGGCGAUAAUUUACAAUACGACGACAGACGCUCGAGCACAGUGGAAGUAUGAUAGUGAUAGUCAGUUCUUAAACGUAUAAUCAUUCAUGACUUGUGUAGUUUCAGGAAUAUAUAGUUUAUGAAUAUGUAUAUAAACGACUUUUGUAAUGACUAUACAAUGUAGAUAGAUCAUAUUGCAUCUAGCGUAUAUUCUCAGAAUUUGAUAUAUUGCUUUUGUAAUUGUUUCAGAGAUUCGCUGCUGACCUCUGUUUUUACCCUCUAUGCAGACCCAACUUUGGAAUAUUAUUUUACCCGUUUCCUAUCUUUACAACUAUUUCGUAUCGAAAUAAUGGGUAUUUACCCAGUUUUAGUUAGUCUGUUUAGUCUAUAGGAAAGACAUGUUUUUAUACAAAUUGAUUAGUUAUUCAUCCUUUAAAAAACAUAUUUAAAAUUUAAAUUAAGAUUGAUUAAUCCUGUGUUGUAUUUCGAAUUCAUAUUUCAGAACAAAAAUCAGAUAAGGCUGAAUACAAUUCUUAGGACGUAGAAGGAUAGAUGUAUUUAUUUAUAUAUAAUUAUACUAGAACAGAGUAUAAAUGAGACUGGUGUUAACACCGAAGAAAUAUAUAAAGAUCAAAGAGUAUAGUUAGAAGAGGAGGAACGUUGAGCGUGGAGAAAGAAUGAAGUAAACGAAUAAGAUGGUAACAAAUAAGAUAAUGGUUAGUCCUUUUUAUUCAAUUGUGGUAAUUGUACACGAGGCCUGUUUCAUAAAACUUGUUAUUAAUAACAAAUGCUUAAUUUGUAUGACAAUUUGUGUUCUCAGCCAAUCAAAAGCUACGAUUUCAGUAGCUUAUAACAGUCAUUGUAACUUGUUAUUGAUAACAUGUUUGGUCAAACAGGGUCUUGGUCAGAGUGAUAAGCGCACCACAUUCGGUAUAACAAUGUUGGCUGAAAUAUAAUUAAUAACAUCGGGAACGCAUUUAGAUUCAAUGGGUGUCGGAAAUGAGCGCUUUACAAGAAGACAACAUAAUAAUCUUUACUGAGACUAUACUAAUCAUAAGAGAAUGCAGGAAAUUUAGAAGGAUGAAAUAACUUAUAGUACAGAGUCAUAUUUAAUUAAAAAUAAAUUAUUUUGUUGACAUCGGGUGAAAUGUGCGUGAUAGAAAUAAUACUAUUCACGGGAAACUGGAUGCUUCAGUAACUCAUAUUAUGUGUAUAGCAGAUGAGCAGUUCGAAAUUAUUUGAAAAUUGCCUUUGGAAUGGCCGUUGAAAUCAAAGUAUAAUAUAUAGAAAGGUGUGAGGUAGCCUCCCAAAAGCCAUGAUCUUUAAAUAUAUAUUCGUAUAAUAAACUGCCAAUAUUUGAGAUGCAUAGAAAGAAGACAUUGAUACAUCUUUCAAUUUAAGUCAUUAUCUGUUCGCGCCAUGAUGUAAGAUGUUCUUUCUGGGUUUUUUAAAUUAUAUAUACCGUACAAUAUCUUAACGGUUUUUUGUUCCAUUUUUUUCUUUUUGUCAAACGCACACAGAAUAUAUGAUGUGAUUUUAUUCAAAUAUGUUCAUAUUUCAUCUCAUUAAAGCAUGAUAUCUUUUUUCCUGAUUAUCUUGCUGUACGCAGCAUUGUGUAAUGACUCUGUGUUAUUUCAUUUUUAAAUGUAAAAUAGUAUCUAUGCUUCUGCUGAAAUCAAAUCGAAAUGUAAAGUUAAAAGGAAACGAAUGAGAAAUUAAAAUCAUUCGUUUAAAUGUUUUAUAUUAGUUUCAAGAUAUGUAAUAAAAAUAACAAUAUAAAAUACAUAUC